CUGAAUGCCGCUGUCCUACUAAGAAAGUGCUGUUUCACACUUUCUUUGAACAGAAAGAUUUAUCUUAAAAUCUUGCUCCAAAUCACUUGUAUACGUUGUUUAAAGGACACGUGGAUGCGCUGUAGGUGCACAGAACCAAAGCAGGAAGCAUUUCCACGAAACGAAUCAGCACUGCUGCGUGCCGAUAUUCCCACUUUAAAGUCAAACUAAAAAUUACAAUAAGGCUUGGCAGACACUUGUCAUCAAAUACAUUUUUUUUCUCUCAGGCUCUUUGAUCGAUAUUUAAAAAAAGAAGAAAAAAGCCCAACGAACGUUUUCUAUGAAGUCUGUGUGUCUGUUCUUUCCUUUUAACCACAUCCUUGAACAUCACCAGCCUUAACACAGGUUGGUUUCGGGUAGGGGGUGACUAGGGGCCUGUCUUGGCCUUUAGAGACUAGAUAGACUGUAGACACUCGUUCAACUGUAAGGCUGUCAAGCUACUGUGAGGUUAACCUGCGCGCCAAGUGUCAUGACCCGACUCCUUAACAUCCCGUCUUCUCUUGCUCCUUGUGUUAAGGGGUGAUAAUACAGAACACACUGGGCGCUAACUAAAUAAUAAUAAUUAUUAUUAUAGUUUUUUUUUAAAAAGUAGGUUAUGAGAUCCUUAAAUUAAUAUAAACAACGUAGCUUCUUCACCCACAGAUGUUAAACUUCGAAUGUUAAACUCUGAUAAACAGAUUUUUGUAUUAUUUAUAUCUAAGUAAUCCCACGGACGUAUUCACCCACAGUAACUGAGUUUUAAAAUUUUAAAAUAGACACUUUCAGUGGAGCCUUCGCCCUUAUUUUUUCAUUUCCAUUUUUUUCAGUCUUGGUUAUAUUAUGCUAAUCUGUCCCAAUUUACACGUAUUUGGAAUUAAAACAGCCCGUUUAACGAGGCGGGAACAGUGAACGUAUGGUACCACUGUUUUUAUUUGCGUCAGAGGGAUUUUGGAGCAAUUAGCACCAUUUUGAAUAGUUACAACACACAUUAAAUUCGCUUUACUAGAACUAUAGCUAAUAAAUCUAAUUAUAAAUAAGAUCCUGGCAUUUCAACACGUUCACACUUCACAAUGGCUUUGCAUGUGAAAUCAAAAGCACAAAUAUUGGUUUUUUCUUCUAUUUUUUUCCUCUCACAUGCUCGGAUGGCUGUUAAGUAGUAAUCACCAAGAGUAUGAUCCCCCCCUCUAUUUUGCCCGGAUGCAAUCAUUCCUUUGAGACUAUAUUCACGCCCACAUUUGUUGGAUAAUUUAACUCGAUCAGCCGACUCGUGUGAACUCAACCAAACAAGGUUCAACUACAGACAAUCCCCCUCCCUUCUGAGUUUCUAACGGGUCCCGAAAGAGGAUUGUGCGUGUUGAUGUCUGUGAAGAAGGGGUGUGGGUGGGGGGUGGAGGAGUAUGUCGAAGUGGAGAAGGGCUGGAGGGGUGUGGAGAAAAACCAUAGGUAUGCGUGUGUGUGGGGGGGAAACACGCUGAGUGUGCGUCUCAUCUAAUAGAGCCUCGGAGCGCAUUAUCUUCCCCGUCAUCUCCGUCUGUGCGGUUGGUGCUGCGCCUUGCUGGGGAAACGGCCAGGAGAAGAUGCGUUGAUGCGAGCGGAUAUUCUCAGCAGCCGAGACUAAUUGUCUGUGAUUCAUGUCCCUGUUGAGUGGCUGAAACCUAUUCAUAGCCAGGGAGAAGGAGAGAAAGGGGAGAGUGGGGACGGGAUCCGCGCAGAGAUCCGCUCUCAGCAGUCUUUGGAAAUAUAGGAAGCAGAUCGCAGAGAGGAGGAAAGCGCGCCAGCAGGUCAAAGUUUCUUUCGCGGUACUGUGUGUGUGUGCGUUUGUGUGUAUGGGAUGGGGUGGGGGGUUCCCUUUUCCGUGGACAUCAUUGUGCUUCAGGUUUGACACCGUGAUGGAAUGACACCAGAAAAGAGGAUGAUGGACACUUUGGCACCGGAGUCUUGCUCAGAGAUCCCCCGCGUUUCCAGCAGGCGCGGUGCUGACCGAGCCCUCAGGACGGUGAUCAGUCAUUUGUUUUGAAGUGGCAGGAAAAUCCUCCUCUUGAUUGAAACAAGAGCGAGAGAUGGUGCGCGCAGCGAUUCCUCGGAGACUGACGUGCGUACUCAUCACGUUCCCGUUAAGGAGCGCGUCUUAAAGAGCUUCAUUCUUCGUUCAUGUUCAUUCUGCUGCUCUGAACUUGUUGAGCGGCGUUAAAGAGCAGCGGGACUCCCAGAGAGGCACUCAAAGAAAUUGCCAGAUCGUCACGCAGGACGAGUACCAUGAUUGACAGCCAGGCAAGCUGAGGAGACCCGUCACUCAUCUUCCUAUCAGCGUGUCAGAGGGCUAUCUCCGUCUUGCCUCCCCCCUCUUCCUCUUCCUUCUCUCCUCCACCAUCCUCCUCCCUCCCUCGGUCCUGUCUUAUCUUCUCAAUGGGCUGGUAGCCUCACCAUCCCUCAAAUCAUCCACCGCCCCUCGAAAACCUGAAAGAGACAGAAAUUGUACUGAAAAACACUUGUAAAGCAACCCGUGCUCCACCGAAAGGGAGUUUGGCAUGCCUCCUCACUCUUCUUGAGUGAAGUUUAGUAAGUGGAAGUCGAAGAGCGAUCCCUUGUUUGUACACCCUUCAGAAGGAGAUACGGCUCCUUAACAAGGAGCUGAGAAAGGGCCAGUCAUGCGUUUCCACUUUGCGCUGACGCUGCAGGCACUGUGGACUGGUGUUUGCCAGGCAGCCAUGCAGCACUACCCCGCUGCAGCAUGGGGACAUUACGAUGUGUGCAAGUCCCAGGUUUAUUCAGAUGAAGGCUUAACCUGGGACUACAUGGCCUGCCAACCCGAGGCAGCAGAUAUGACCCAGUACCUAAAGGUGACUCUAGAUCCUCCCAACAUCACUUGUGGAGACCCUCCAGAGACGUACUGUGCCCUGGAAAACCCUUACAUGUGUAACAAUGAAUGUGACGCCACCACUGAAGAGCUCGCCCACCCCCCAGGGCUGAUGUUCGACACUGAGGGCCGCAACCCCACAACCUUCUGGCAGUCCACCUCCUGGAAGAAGUACCCAAAACCCCUACUGGUCAACAUCACUCUAUCUUGGAACAAAACCAUUGAGCUGACUGAAGACAUUGUCCUCACCUUUGAGUCAGGCCGACCCGAACAGAUGGUCCUAGAAAAAUCACUAGAUUAUGGACGAACCUGGCAGCCCUACCAGUUCUACGCCACUGAUUGCUUGGACGCCUUCACCAUGGAGCCCAAGACGGUGCAAGACCUAACUCAGCAUACCCUACUGGACAUUAUCUGCACCGAGGACUACUCACGAGGGUACGUGUGGAAGAACGACAAAACUGUACGCUUUGAGAUCAAGGACCGAUUUGCACUGUUUGCUGGACCCCGGCUCCACAACAUGGCCUCACUUUACGGCCAGCUAGACACGACCAAGAAGCUGAGGGACUUCUUUACCAUUACUGAUCUGAGAAUCCGCCUGCUCCGGCCUGCCACAGGAGCAACGAUGGUGGAUGAGAACAACCUGUCCAGAUACUUCUAUGCCAUUUCUGACAUCAAAGUUCAGGGCAGGUGCAAGUGCAAUCUUCACGCCAACAGCUGCGUGUAUGACAAAGAGAAGUUGAGCUGUGAGUGUGAACACAACACCACUGGGCCCGACUGCGGCCGCUGUAAGAGGAACUACCAGGGGCGAGCGUGGAGUGCUGGCUCAUACCUGCCCAUACCCAAGGGCACCGCAAAUAUCUGUAUUCCUAGUAACAUUGGUCCAGUUAACUGCGAAUGCUUCGGCCACUCCAACCGAUGCAGCUAUAUCGAGCUGCUAAACACCGUCAUUUGCGUGAGCUGUAAGCACAACACUAGGGGCCAGCACUGCCAGCUAUGCAAGCUGGGCUACUACCGCAAUGCCUCAGCAGAACUGGACGAUGAAAAUGUGUGCAUAGAAUGUAAUUGUAAUCCCUAUGGCUCAGUCAAUGAUCGCUGUAAUGGCACAGGAUUUUGUAUAUGUAAGGAGGGCACUACAGGGCCUAAGUGUCAGGAGUGUCUGCCCGGCUAUUUGUGGGACAAUGGCUGCAAAUCCCGGGUGUGUGACAACGAACUCCUGCGCUGCCAAAAUGGUGGGACGUGUAUCAGCAACGUCCGCUGCAGCUGUCCACCGGGCUAUACGGGUUUGCUGUGUGAGAAGCGCCGCUGCGAGUCAGAGCUGGGAGGCUGUGGGGGCCCAGAUUCAGGCCAGGCUCACCUGACACCUCCAUCCACCUCCAGGCUGCUGCUGCUCCUGCUGCUAGGCUCGGUUCUGCUGAGAGGGGUCUCCUGCCGGCCCGCUGUGCUCUAAAGUGACCCAUUACCUGGUGGGAGUCGCACACUUCCCACCUUCUCCACCUUAACCCAAGCUCAUCCCCCUCCCCUUUCAGAUAAUCAACAACCAUUUAAAAAAGAACAACCAUGAGCUUUCUGGACUGUAAUGUUCUGAGCUUCUCCGCCUCCAGACUCAAUGGACACUCGCACUGACAAUAAAGGGAAUGUGCCAGUCAAAUGAGUGCAGAAACUUUUCAUUUAAUUUCAAAGAAUAUAUAGAAAUAAUUAAAAAGAAAAACUAUACUUCUAAAAAAAAUACAGAUAUUAUUAGAAAUAUGAGUAACUGAGGGUUUGCCUAACAAAAGUAAAAUGAGCAGAGAAUGGUGAGUCCCACCCUGACCCCUACCCUACCUCUCUCCCUCCCCCCAAAAGCCAUACCAGGUACAGUACACGAGCCCCCUUCGAUUUUGAGAGGAGAUAACUAAAGAUGACAGACUCGUUCACUUCUUCUCAUAUUGCCACGGCAACAACAGCUGCGACCAAUCAGCUCUCGCACAAGCCGACGGUGGCCGCCGACCCCUUUGGGAUGCUUCUGUGCGUUGUUAAUGUUGGCUGGACUGAUGCCGAAGAAAAACAAAAAAAAAAAACAACAAAAAAAAGCAAACUUGUCCCCGCUGAAUGGCAAAGACUGGCCUCAGAAACAAACCCGUUACACUUCAGCGUGAUAACAAACAGAAAGAGGUGAAAAAACCCAGGACGCAUUCUUUGCUGUCAGUGCAUUGUGGAUAGAAGGAAAUCUGUCCGGACUGCCACAUUGUGACACAAAACCUUGCCCACGUUGAUCCCUCUCUGUCUCUAUCUUUCUGUCUCUCCUUCGAGCUCGGCCUCAUCCUCUCGUUCAUCCCCCUCCCUUCCCUCCAAUCCUAGUUCCACCCCCAGACGCCGCCACUGACCUGUGCUUUCGUGAACGUUACUCUGUAAAACCCUUGUUGGUUGAAAGAUUCUUUUGUCCAAUGUUAGUGAUGCACAUGUAAGAAUCCCCCGUCCCAUCCCUCGUCCCCCUUUCCUCUCUUCCGAAAAGAUACUCCAGUGAAGCUGUCUGAUUCUUUUUCUAUCUUAGAGCCACCACUCUCCCUACUGUCAUGGUCAGGGGAUAGUAUUCACCUGAGCAGACGAGAAGUGCAUAGAAAACCAUCAGUGUAUUUGCAAGUUCUUUUCUCGACAGAUCAAACAAAACAACAAAAAAAAAAAACAAAAAAAGAGAGUCAUGUAGUCCUUUUGUAUCUUUGCCGAACUGUGAUUGAAAAAAAGGCAACCUGUAUCUAUUUAAGUCAUUCAAAUGCAGAAGCAGUUGGGUUGUUUUUUCUCUCUCUUUCUCUUUUAUUUUCACUUCCUUUUUCACCUUUUCUGUUUAUUACUUUUCGUUGUGCAGUUGAUUUUCCUUUGUAUUGGCAACGUGCUGGCAUCAAAGAAUAUCAGUUUACAUAUACAGUAUUAAUAAAGUGUAAUAAAAUCCCACCAAAGGACAUUAUAAAUGUUUUGUUCUUGCUUUAACACUUGAGAAUUUAAAUGAAUAAAAGGUUAAAAAAUUAAGCCCGUGUUGAUCUUUUGUUCAUGCUAAGAAAGAAAAGAUGCGAUCGCUGUUUUUUUCCACAUCAUAAGAGCAUCGCUGCAGAAAUCAUCCAUUCAAAUUUAGUAGCUGUUUGGAAAUUUAAAUAAUGACAAUUAACCACACUGUAGAAAUAUCGGCAAACAAACACAACAAUUUUAGCUUUAAUGACUUUAUCAAAGUGACAAAUGGAAUAUUCAAGUUUUCUUAUUUUUUCGCUGUAAAUGAUGUCUGUAUAUAUUAAAAAGAAGGUCUUUAGAAAACACAAUUUCUAUUAUAGCUGGAAAAAUCAUACUGAGACUACAUUAACAUUUCAAUAAAAUGCAGUAAAGUCAUUUCAGUCCAGACUGCAAGAGAGCACAGCCUGCAUAGAAUAACUGUAUAAUAAUCUGCACAGAGACAUGUUUGUGUGGAUGUGUACAUAUAUCAUACAUAGUAAUAUUGUGUAGUUCUGCUUUUUCACAAAAGCAGCUGUUCGAUUAGAACCUAUUCAUGCACAAAUGCCUUAUAAUCCAAAAAGAUAUCAUGACAAUAGAUCAUGCCUUUCACUUAAAGCUUUCAUGUACUUUAUAAUGGCUGCUUUUAUAAUCCAUGCAUUCACAGUCUCGCACUAAUCUGCCUUUUUGUAAUAUACAAAUAAAGUCAAACUUAACCACUAGAAAUAUGUGUUUAUGAUGUCCACGAAUGCAUUCCCAUCUUAAUUAGAACUGCACACGCAGUAUAAAGGGGCACGCAGCUUCUGUUACUUCUUAAAAUUGCUGACACUUCAAAUAAAUUAAUAUGCGAUACGUGAAGCGAAAGCCCCAAAGAGGCAAACCUGACAAAAUGAUAGCAUAAAAGUCUGUGUAUCAGCUUUUGCGAUAUUUCCGUGCUAUUUAUCUUGAAUUCAAUCUGGUAAAGAUUUGUUUCAGUGGGCAUGCAUUGUCGGAGGCACCAAAUUAAAUAUUUACAACUAUCGAUGUGUCCCGGAGAGCCUGUGUUCAAAGUUUAUAUAGUGGGUCUUGUCAGACACUCGACAGUUCAUCCAUAACCUAAAAUAUUCAAGCCAUUGCUCCAGCUUUUUUUUUUUUUUUUUGCUUUCCUUUUCUUUUCCAAGUUUAACUCAAAGGGAGGAAAAGAACUUAGGGCCACUGAUUGUUCUGCUAAUGCAUCAAUAACAAAAACAACAGAUACUUGCUUCCUGGCAAGUUGGCUCGUAUAUGCCCGAUUAAUUGAUUCCGAUUUUGCUCACAGCCACCAACUCACAUCCAAAUCCCAAGAAUAAAUUCCAUUCACAACCUUUUAUUCUGCGAAACGUGGUUUUAUCUAGUGAAAUGAAAAAGUGAAGCCUUUUAUGCCUUUUUUAACUUUUACGUUCGGGUGCUGGGAUUUCUUUGUGAAAAUAUAAUAAAAAAGACACUAUUUAAGCUGUGAUAUUUUACUUUUCCAAAGCAUGAAUUUUUAAAAACACUGAGCUCCUUCCAGACACAGACAAAUCUAGCUCAGUUUAACACAUUAGAGACAAUGACGCUACCAUAAAAUACGCUAUAGAUGGCACAAUAUGUGACAAUGAGGAAGACCAUUUUAGGGAAAUCUGAAAAACUGAAAUAAGGCCAUAUGGACAAUUAAAACUAAUACAACUUUCCUAAAACACUUUUGUGACUCCAGGGAUGCCCUGAUGAAUUCAGUCAAAGUCACUUGUUUGUCAAGGUCUCCUACAGCGGCCCUAAUUUUAACCAUGUGUUCAGCCCAGGUGUCAAUGCACCAUGCUGCGUGGAGAAUUAAAAUAGAGUUGAUGUCGUUUGGGGAGAGGACUUCAUCCUAGAUAUCUCACCUCCAGCAGCUGUUGCCUGACCCAACCAUGAAGCAUCGCCGAAAUACCUCGAAGCGAGCCAUCUACCGCCACUGGAUUAUCUCCCCCUGUAACAUGCUUUGUGGAAACGACUGGUAAAAAGUGUUUAAAGGGGCCACGGGUGUGUUAUUUUUUUUAUUUCUGCCCUGUAGCAAAAACAGCGUGGAAUUUAUCUAUGGGGAAUCUGUGACUCAGCAAAGGCAUUUCAGCUGCAACGGCAAUAGAUGUCUUUGAAAGUGCUGUAAUUAGGUAGAAUUCUCCUGUCAUAUAACAUCCACUGGUGUCACUCACAGGCCACCGACGCUCAGAGGGGACGAGCCUUUUUGUCACAUUUUCGAAGAUAAAAAGGUGAGUGUCAAAUCAAAACUUCAAGGACUUUGCAAGGUGUCUCGGUGCAACAAGGCAGACUCAAAGAAAUCAGGAAGCUGGCGGCAUCACUCUUUGAGAUGGACUGUAUUUGGUGAUGUCAUGUACCUACAGACAAUUAAGACUUUACGUUUCUCAAGGCAAAGAAAUCAGAUAUUCUUCAGUGCCUUAGUCUCUGAUCUCAACCCAGUAAAGUAAAACCAAAUGCAGAGAGAGCCCCACACAAGCAGCACCUGAAGGUAGAAGUAAAGCCCAGGCCGAGCAUCUCAAUAGCUAACUAACAAAAUAUUUUAAUGUAUUAAAAACGAUUUGUAUAUAUAUUUGAAAUUACAGAGAGUAUGUCCAAGUACCUUUGAACCUCUGAAAAAAUUGUAUUUUCAGAAAACUUGAACUCUGACUUCUGGCCUUGCAGUCAAUGUCACAGACUUUUAAACUAAUCUGAGAUUUUUAGUAAGUUGAUACCUAUGGUAUCAACUUGAAAAUCCUAGGUGACUUUGUCCUCAAGUUAUUGCAUUCACAAGAUUUUCAGAAAACUUGACUUCUGACCUCUGACCUUGAUCUUGAGGUGUAAAUCACAAAGCUUCAAACUCAUCCGAGAGUUUUAGUAAACACCACACCGUUGCAUUAAUUACAUCAUAAUAUAUAUCAGUUUGAAAAUCAAAUCCUAUGUUGUCUUUUCUUUAAAACCUCUGAAAAUUGUCCAGAUAAUUAUGCAUUUAACUGUAUUUCCUGUACAACCAUACUACUCAUUUUAAAACAAUACAGCAAACAUUAUAAAUUUACUGGUUCUUAUACAGCACUUUUCUACACUACUGGAGCACUCAAUGCACUUUAUACAACAUGUCUGAUUCACCCAUGCACUUUUCUAUCUAACAUUUGCACAUAUUCACCCUCCAUUGGAUGCAUCGGAGAGCAACUUGGGGGUUCCUUUGGCAUGCAACUGGAGUAACGAAGAAUCAAACUGCCAGCCUCCAAAUUAGCAGAUAACCCGCUCGUCCUCCUGAGCUGCAGCAAGCCAUAGCUUGUAGCUUUGAACCUCCAUUCAUAAAGUAGCAUGUGGCCAGAAAAAAAUGCUGUUUUCCUUUGGAUUUUGGCCCAAUUCUUCAGGAAAAUGCAUUAAAUCCUAAAAGCUUUGCAAUGUUUUAAAGCUAGUUGUUAACUUCUCUGCUGUUUGGAGUUGGAUAAGCAGUACAGCCUACAGUCAGUUUUUAGAAAUGCAAAGCUGCAAACUGCAGAGCAGUAAGACUGAACAAAACCAAAGCUGAAGGCCGAGCCAAGAUAAUGAGCAAAAAGUGUUGCUCAGGUCUGAGAGAAACAUUUGGGUGGGGCAAUAAACCUUGUAUUCAUUCAUAUUUAGACAAUAAUCAUAGAGACUACUGCACUGUGCAUGUUUCUCUAGCUAGCAGACUUCUAACAGUAAAAGAAAAAACACUGCAUCGUGACAUUGUUUAAGAUAAAAGAAUAGUACCUGCAGGCAUCAACAGAAACAUCACACAUGUCAAACUGGUUUCUUUUCAGUGUAUUUUAGCAUCAGUGUCUGUACUUCAAAUGUUCAUUGACUGAUGCUUGGAGGGCGGGUGAACACAAGCCUAAGUACACUCACAUUAGGUCGGGCUGAAAAGAAUUUACUUUGCCCCAGCACUAUUAUUCCCGCUAUAGUUGUGAUGUGUUUGUUUGCGCGAUGAUCAAUGCACUUAUCGAACCGCACACAGCACUUAUUGAUCAGUGUUUCUUUUUUCUACAGUGUGGGUGCUGAGUGGCCGCUGCUUUUUUUCCAUUGCCCGGUUUUCUCCACAGUGAGACCAUUAAUGGAUACUAAGCUGCUACUCAGCUGGAGGCCUUUGCAGAACGGGACUGAAAGUCUUCCAUACCCAUAUUUUCCUUUAGAAAUAAUUCUUUUGAACAGCUGAAAACUUUUUUUUUCUUUGUCCCACAUCUUUUUUUUUAUUUAUUUCUGAAUCACACUGGCAUUAGCAGGGUAAUCUCACUGCUUGGCUGACUAAUGAAUACUUUCAAGGCUCCAUUUUUCAAAGCUACAGAUGCCUUUGGAGGCCAGGGCACCUGAGAGUUUCCACGGUGAUGUUACCACAGCAAUAUGUCUCCCUUCUGGUGAUUAAGUGUUACACAUCUAGGAUUUUUAAUAGCUGCAGUGUAUUAGUGUUGUGUCCAUUUUUUUCUUCGGGGAAAUGUUUUACUGUCAUAAUUCCAUUCAAUUCAAUUUUAUUGAUAUAUCACCAAAUCAUAACGAGAGUUGUCUCGACGUGCUUUAUAUUGCAAGCUGAAGACCCAGAUACAAACAGGCAAAACCCCAACAGUCAACUUACCCCUUUAAGCAAGCGCCUUGGUGACAGUGAAGGAAAAACUCCCUUUUAACAGGAAAAACCUCUGACCAAACCAAGCUUCAGAAGUGGAAGCCAUCUGCCACAACCAGUUGGGGGAAGACAGGUCAAAGACACACUGUGGAAGAGUGCCAGAGAUUGAGGAACGACACAUUCAGUGAUAUUUUUGAACCAGUGCAACCAGCAGUACCAAAAGCCUGGUUUUGAAUUAGUAUAGUCUUAGUAUCUGUGGUAUUGUGCUUUACUGAUUUUUAUCCCUUGCUACAAUAGGAACACAACUAAGUCACUUUGCACUUCUAAAAAAGAAAGUUAUUCACUUCAUUGUCUUGUGAAUUAUAUGCAGUCAGUCCACUCAGUUAAUUUAGUUUGGGCCCCUCAUUGUGAAAGGGACACAGCACAUGUUACACAAAGUCACUGAGAAGUGAGAUUGCGACUUGCAGUGAGAAUUUUGCAUGGAGAAAAGCCAUCGGGGUUGGAACUUUUUAUUUUUUCAUACUUUUUCCCACAACUUUAAAAUUCUUGACACCCCUGAUGUGUUUUCGCGGGGAAGUGUUUGAAAUGUAAAGAGUGAAUUCCCAUUGUGGCUCAACACAGUUGAUGGAUGUCAAAUACGGCUCUAAUGGCAGGGAGAGUCUGGAGUGAAGGGGAAGUGACACAAGCCACCAUCACAUGGUUAGAGCAGGUUUGAUGUUGCAGUGACAGGCUUCUUCUGCACUGUGAAUGGUUGCACCUGGAAAUGGAAACCACAGCCAGAUAUAGCUUGGGAUUCCAUGAAUGGAAUUCCAAUACACCUAAGGAAUAAUCGUCUGUAUGUACCCGGAUCUGCCGGAAAUGCCUCGCUAAUGUUAUGGGUGCAUAUACAAAUAUCAGAGGGCAACACAGAAUGCCUGGGGCUCAUUUUAAAUGAAUAUUAAUGAAGACUGGAGUAUUAUGGUAAAUGCGGUUCAAUUUCUAGAAACCAAUAAUUCUAAAGUACACAUACACAUUAUGAUGAGAGGAGACACAAAAAUCCAAAUCACAGUAAUGUGUAAUUUUUUCUGCAUAUUAGUUGUACAUUAAAAAAGACACAAGAAGGACUUUAUUUUACGCACACUGAGGCUGUUUAUGUCAUUUCGGCACCUUGGGCAUGAAUGGAAAUAAAGGUAGAGUAGGCAGUGCUGCAGACACCUAUACAUUGUCUGUGCUUGUUAUCUCUUAGUAGAGAUGUAGUGACUGCUCUUAGGGUGCGGUCGAACAGUCACACUUGUUUAGGAUGGUUCACAACUAAGUGAAGUGACUCAGAAGUACGUGGAUACAGACAAAAGUACUGGGCCAACUUUAAAUGAUCACUUCCACUUUUCAGUAAAAUGACUUGAAGCAGCAAUUACAGUCAGUUACAGCCUCGUGCUGGAACUCGUGGAACUCUUCAGAGCGACCCAUUCUGUCACGAAUAUUUGCAUCUUUCUUCAUAUAGUGUAUCAGUGAGACAGCUGUAAUAAGACCAUCCUUUAUCAAAGGAGAAGAGACGAGGAAAGAACUAUGAUAUCCAGGCGUCAUUGAAAACAAUCAACAAAGCGCAUGUGAAUAUUCAUUAAUGAGUGUCUCAUUUGAUGACACAACCUGCUGAUAUGCUUUGAAUCUUCAACAACAGGCUUUGUUAGAGUAAAUCCUCAGCUGAGCAGUGAAGGUUAGGCUGCUGUGAUAAAAAUCUGCUUCUUGUUAAGGUGUUGGGUUUUGUAAAAACUUAAAAAAAGAUUUAACGAUCAAAGUUGACCAUGAUUCAGCUUGCAAUCAUUAUGUCUGUCAUGGUAGUUUUAGUAUUUAUUGGUAUCGUUUCUGCAUCCAGGGGUAUGGAGUUUUCGAUACAGCAAAAAUCCACAGUCACAAUUCACCUUAUAAAAAUCUCUUUCACAAAUUUCUUUAAAUUAAAUACAUUUUCCAUUCAUGUCAAGUUAAAGGAAGCUUGGGAAACAGCGGCUUUUCAGUUGGACCCACAGCCUUUUUUUGGUUUCGACACAGGAAGUGCCAGACCAGUCCAGGCCAUUUUGGACUCCUUUUAUAGCUCAGUUCCUGGGGGGAUGUACCAAGUGUGGUAUGAAGGAUGGGGACUUUUUUCUGAUGUUUGGAGAGUGUGCUGAUUGUAAACUGUUUGAGAUCAAGUUCACUGUCUUUUCUGUCGUUAUCGUUGUCUUUGGAGUAAAAUACUAUGGAUUGCUGUAAAUCACUUUAGUGCUUAAUUGUUGUUUCCUGUAGUGUAAGGAGCAACUGACUCUGGGCAGCAGCUGCAGCUCUUUUGAAGUUUCACUGUGUUUUGGGCAACACAAUGAAACGCAGGCUAAGCUAGCUGUAUUGCCAGGGGCCAAACUAAAAUAGGGUAUAGCCCAGUGCAGCGAUGUUUCCGCAAAUAUGAAGGUUAGUUUGAUAUUCCCAGUUAUUUUUCUUAUUUUUCACUUUUACCUAGAUUCUUAGCUUGACUCUUUCUUCAGUUGUGACCACUGUGAAUACUGUCCCAACCCACUGCAAUAAAAGAAAAAAAUAAAAUAAAACAGACGCUUGUCCUGUGAAUGUUUUUUGAAAAACAUUACAUUUCUUCAGCCAUACUGAGAGAAGCACGCGUCAUUAUCACUGUAUGUUUUUAGGAGUCGUACAACUCCCCUACAAAUACUUACAUAAGGUCUUUUGAGCGCAAAGUCUCACAUCCCACUUCACUAAGCUGUAUCCUCGUGUCAAAGUCAAAAAUAAAGCACAUGGCUGAAUACAGAAGUGCGGAGAUUUGACGUAACAGAUUGUGUUUGUUUUCUGUGUCAUGCUCUUCCCUGCAGUGUGUAUAGUAUCAACCUGAGUACACACUGGCUGUUUUCCACAGAUGUAGUGUGUGCCGUGGAUAAACAAGUGGUCGCAAGUGCGACCACUGCAUCAACACUAUAUACGUAUACUGAUAGACUGAACAAAUGCGGGGUCAAACAGAAAGUCACAAAGCCCACAUGCCUGUUUGUAUUUUUUUUAUCUUUGUCUCGAUACGUAUGAAGAAGAAUCGUUGGGUGUAUAUAGCUAACUAAGUAAAUGAAUCAGAGAUGUAAGUGAAAAGCCAUUUGUCAUAUUACUGUCACUCAGUGUGGGUUUGUUUUGACAGUAAUUUGUCAGUGCAACCGGCAUUAUUCACAUGUCUUCUCUUAAAGCCAGUUAUGUCAGAGUUCUGUGUUGUCUAUGUCACACUAAUAAGAUCAGAGACAUCUGUCUCAUCAGAAAUAGAACUGAUUCGGCGCCAUGCUCAUGGCAAGACACCUGAUGUGCAAACACUUUGAGACAUGUGAGACUCACAGCUUUGGCUUUAACAUCCCACCGUGGGAAAGAGAAAACUGGCUGGGAAAAAGAAAGAAGUGUCGGAACCGGCUAUUUGUUUUUGUGGGGGGGUUUGUUUGUUUGCUUCUUAGUUUGUUUCAAUUUGUGAAUGAAAUUGUCAGCCAUGGCUUGAUGUUUUCAUGCCUUAUGUAAGUUCAUGCUUGCUCAGUUAUCUCCUCUCUGGCACCUGAGAAAAAUGAGGCCAUGCUUGACAGAUCCUGAUAUUUCUAUCUGAAGUUUCUUUCACUUUAAAGAGAAGAGACAGGGGUAGGAGAAUUAACAUGACUGUAGCAUUGUUCGCCUUCAAAGAGGCGGGCUAAUUCCAGAUAUCUUUGAUGUUCCUGCAGGUACACCAUGUAGUGGAAGAUGGGAGUAAAAAGGUAACGAUCUGAGGGAGAGAUUGUUGCCUCAUGGAGCUUGAUAACCAUAAAUAAGGGCCAAGAUGGUCAUCUGUGCCAUCAUUAGGCAACAUUUCUGUAUCCUCUUUUUACUGGGAGAGCAAAAUAGCAUCUCUGAGGCUGUAAAUACAGUUUGCUCCACCAUCGGCAUCCCUGCAGCUUUAAUAAGGAUGGCAUAAUCAUCUGUAUUGUGGUCCAGCAUUACAGAUGGGAGUAUCCGUGCAAAGGUUCUGGCAAUGAAACAAACAAAAUCAGGUUAUUGGAUGGUAAAGACACAAACAUAGCUAAAGGUCCCUUGGCCUGGCAACUGGACUGCUGGGCAACCUCCAGGGUUUGGAUAGCACAGUGUGUUAUUUGGCAGCUCAGCUGCUACAACCAGGGAAAGUAAAUGAAAACAUCCCUCUCUGCUUCACAUCCACUGGAAUUAAAGUGCCCUUGAGCAACCCACUAACCUUAGUGGAUCUGCUCUGUGUUCACAUGACGGACUAGGCUGUGCAGCUCAAAAUAAAGUCAGGACACUUCUGCAAAAAUAUGAGAUAAAUGUUUCCAUGAAUGCAGGUUGUAGGUGGUGAAAACUGAAAGGUUUAUGCGGGUGACAGAGAAGCAUGAAUAAGAGGGACACUGUGAUCUUUAAAAUUCAUUUAAAGUUCAUGGAAAAUAUCUUACUUGCUUCCUUUUCUUGCAGUUACCUAAAAGUUGUGUCCAGCCAGCUGAGAAUCUUUCCUUUGUCAAGUUUCACUGAUGAGCAAAUGCACUCAGUAACUGAGAUUGUUGCCUAGGAAGAGCUUCAUUAGCAAGCAAUAGAACAUACCUUUUUCCUGUUUUUUAUCCCCAAGGACACAAACAUAUGAGUGAAAUAAUGGCACACAUGGCAAGUUUGCACUGAAGUCUUCCCUGUUUGGUAUGACAUUAGUGCCCUGCUGAAAAACAAAACAAAA